AUGUCAGAUACCCUGCUAGAGGCCUUGUCACGGCGACCCAAUGUUCAAAACUUGACUGGGGUCUCCAACAAUGCGGGAACUACUGGCUCUGGCCUGGACAAACUCAUCAACACUAACCAGCUCGUCAAAGUGAUCGCUUCUUACCCAGGAGGAAACAAGAAUUUUGAGAGCAGGUACCUUGCGGGUCAAAUCACAUUGGAACUUGUACCACAAGGAACUCUCGCAGAGCGUAUACGCGCGCACGCUUCUGGCAUCCCUGCGUUCUUCACGCCUACCGGAGCUUCCACUGCCAUAGAGGAGGGCACUAUUCCGCAGCGUUAUAAUGAAGGUGGCGCGUCAAACGGUGUCGCGUUGCCGGGGAUCCCCAAAGAGGCCAGAGAAAUAAAUGGUAAAAGAUUUGUUCUGGAGACCGCUCUGCCAGGUGACGUUGCCUUCGUGCGCGCCUGGAAAGUGGACGAAGUUGGGAACUGUGUCUUUCGCUAUGCUGCACAGAACUUCAGCACCGUGAUGGCCAAGAACGCUAAGUUGACCAUCGUCGAGGCAGAAAAUAUUGUUCCAGUGGGCUCCAUCUCCCCAAACGCAAUCCAUCUGCCAGGCGUCUAUGUCGAUCGUAUCGUACAGGCAACAUCAGAGAAGCAAAUCGAAUUUGUGACCCUCGCAAAUCAGAACACCUCCGGCGACUCCUCUCUUUCUCCAGAGAAAGCCGCUGCUAUCACUCAGCGCCACCGAAUCGCGAGGCGCGCUGCCAAAGAAAUCAAAGACGGCUUUUACGUCAACCUGGGAAUUGGCAUGCCAACACUUGUACCGGAAUAUUUGGAACCUGGCGUCCGAGUUUGGUUGCAGAGUGAGAAUGGAAUUCUAGGCAUGGGUCCUUACCCCACGAAGGAACAGCUUGACGCUGACCUUAUCAAUGCGGGGAAGGAAACGGUCACGCUUCUACCCGGCGCUUCGGUAUUCGAUUCAAGUGAAUCAUUCGCAAUGAUUCGCGGCGGCCAUAUCGAUGUUGCAAUACUUGGGCUAAUUAACUUACGACCACCAGGAAUCGGAGGCGCGAUGGAUCUCGUGUCCAACCCCGACAAGACGAAGGUGAUCGCUGUCCUGGAACACACAUCCAAGCACGGCGAAUCGAAGAUCCUCAAGGAGUGUUCGCUGCCUUUGACGGGCGCCCGUGCCGUCAGCACCAUCAUCACUGAGUUGGCAGUCUUCGACGUUGAUAGACUGAGUGGCAAAAUGGAGCUUAUUGACCUGGCAGGGGGAGUUACCCUGGAUGAAGUUCGUGCCAAAACUGGAGCAGAGUUUUCAGUGAGAAGUCACCUUGGUACUUUCUAA